CUUAGGAUCCUGCACGACUUGUUUCAUCAUUGGAAUGGUGAGGAAUACCUAACUUGUCGCGGUCAGUUCAGUUCUUCAAGGCCAGUGUCCGGUUUUCUCAGUUUAGAAGUUACUGACUUAAGCUAUUGCCGUCAAUGGAAAUGCAAUGAUUGACGAUGUAUAGUGAAUUCAGUAGUAAUCCGGGAUCUUCUUCACAAACUACUGCUGUCAUCCAGGUUUUUGAAGAUAUCUCCUCGAAGAUACUUAAAAUACGUCUACUGGCAAAUGAGUUGGAAACGCUGAACAAAAGCAUAAGCAUAACAGGAAAUUCAAAGGCUCAAUCCGACCUUCUUAAUAAAAGAGAAAAAGAUGCCCUGGAGCUAGUUGACGAUACCAAAAACGUGUUCAUUAACCUUUCAAAGCAGCCUUUAUCGGAUCAGAUAACGAAAAUUCAUGUUGAGAAGCUCAAAGUUGACUUUCAGCGUGUGCUUCAUCGGUUUCAAAGAACUCAAGCUGAAAUCAAAAGGCGACUGCUUACUGAAAGUCGUCCAACUUCCUCAAUUGUUGGAGAUUUGAUUAAUUUGGAUUCAAGUGAUACUGAUGCAGGCCAGUUUAUUCAAGCACAAAUCUGCACCUCCCAAGAUUAUGAAGUUCAGGAAUUGGGACUAGCGUUAAAUCAGGAGGAUCAAAUGCGUUCUAUAGAGGAAGAUAUUGUGAAUGUAAAUGCAAUUUUUCAUCAACUUUCUGAAUUAGUAUAUGAACAACGCAGUGCUAUUGAUUCAAUUGAAGACAACAUCGAAGUAGCAUUAGCUAAUGAACAGUCUGGUCAUUCAGAGCUAGCAAAAGCUGCUAAUAGACGAGUAAGUUGUAAAGACAAAUAAUAGUCAGAUUUUUUAAAAAUCUUGAUUUUAUAGUUUAGAACCUCGUCAAAUAUCGAAAACUGGUUUAUUAGUUCUUAAAGGUGUACUAUAAAUAUGCGGUUUAGUCAUAUAUAUAGUGUCAAAUUCACUAUGGAGAAUACCACCAAUCAAUAGGUAUGAUUCGUUCUCAAGUACUCAAUUUCGUGUAUGGUUACUGAAUAGUUUUGUUAUAUUACGGAAUGCAUAAUCAUAACGAGUUCAGUAAUAUUCAGACUAAUUAAGGUCACGCACAAGAAAUACAGAAAACUAGUGUUUAUUCAAAUUGAAAUCAGGAAAUACCGACAACAAGUACUUUCAAUAUGUUAACACUGUGGUACUGUAAAUAUAGAUACAUCUAGACUAAUGAUUUGACAACCUGCAGUUAUGGUAUUUCCGUUAAGAAAUUCAAUGAAUUUAAGACAAUCUAAGACAAUUCAACAAAGUUGGCAAACUAUAGGAACAAGCAAUAGCGAAAAGUUAAAAUGAUACAACUCGAGUAAGGACUUUUUUGUUAUAAGAUACACACCAGUAAAUGACUGUGACUAGUCUUAUGACUGUAUAGGUCAUUCGUAUAGAGUAAAAUAGCGAGUUUUAAGACAAGUUCAGACGAUAGGAAUUACGGGGUUUAGAGUAUUGUUAAUAGUCCUUAGAAAUAUAACGACAUGCUGCUGGCGUAGGGAGGGUAGGUGAACAACAUAUAGAUGGGUAUAAGAAUCCUUAAGCGGUCUGGAUUGUCGUACAUCAUGACUAAAAGUUUGUUAUUUGGUAGAUUUAUACCUGCCUGUGUUUGUUUAUAUUCCUCUCAUAUGUACAAACAGUAUCAAAAUAACAUACACAUUUUAUAACAAAAGGGUAAUCUGGUCGUACGCGACACGAUGAUAAAUCAAAUAUCAAUUUGUUUUGUUGUGCGGUGUCCGAUCUGUUGUUGACAAACAAGCGUGCUAUUUAAGUAUCCAACCAACUAGUUGAGCGAGAAGGGAGCCUUUUAUUGGCAAACUGAUAUAUAUAUAUAAAUCUGCUCCUUAGAAAUGCACGACAUUUUUCCACCAAUGGAGUGUCUUAUUUCUUAGAAAAUGAAGUCGAAUCUUGACCAAUCGCAUGAAAUUACCAGUUGGCCAAUAUCUGGUUUAUCUUCCGUAUUACAACUAGUUGACUGAUCUCGAUGAUCUAGUUGUAUAGUCAACUCCUUGAAGUAACACUUUCGUAAUCGCUUUGGGACCUGUAAGAUCACUUGUAAAUUCUGGCUUGAUUAGAUCUAAUCAUUCAGUGACAUACUGUAGGAUUCAGUCAUAAGUUCAGUCACUUUCCUAAUCUUCAUAUGUUUGUGAGGGCUAAAGCAACGUUUGUGAUAUAUGAACCCUAAUUCUUCAGUGCUGGUGAUUUAUGAAUACAUGUUCAAAAUCACUGAGAACGCUCUGCAUCAGUUUGUCACGAAAAUAACAAAUAUUCUUUUGCAUUACACGACAAUCUUUUUAUCAGAAUAGUCGCAACUGGUGACUAUCUAUAAUUAGAGUCAGGUAACGUUCAUUUAGAUCUACCUUUUGUGGUAUCUUUUAUAAAAGGUAAUCGAUUAACUUCACUUUUUUGAUCUUUUAAUUGUAGUGAAAUAUCAAUCUUAAAAUUAUGGAUAAGUUUACGUAAUUUUUCGGAACUUAGAAAGAGUAAAUUGAUGUUUAGUUAAAAUGGAAUUAAAAGUAAACCAGCAAUAACAAAGAUCUCGAAGAUGUUGUUGCAUAUUCGUAGCUGUUUUAAUUGUGGCUAUUUUAAUUGUGAUAAUUAUCUUGGUGAUUGAAUAUCCUCCAAAGCGAACUCAGUAAUAAAAUACACCGUAUGGUUAUACAUAUAUAUCUAUCAGUAUCACGUAUAUUUUUUCUGUAUUAUAUAACUUACUAGGACACUCGUUCUUUGUUAAGUCUUAUUUAUAAUCGUGUCAUCCGGUUCUAUUUAUUUAGUUUAUUUUAUAUACAUAGAUUUCUAUAUUAUUGACUAUAAUUCCUUUCCAACAUCAUAUAAUUGAGUACUUUUUAAAUAGCAAAUGGAUAAAUAAUAUUCGAAAAACAGUUUUUUCUUGUAAAAAUCAUAUUUUUGUUUCAUUUUUAUUUUAUAAAUUAACGGAUAAAGAUGUUUUAUUCUUUUACACAUUCACAGUAUAUCUUCUAUUUUUAUUGUAUGUUUGUAUUUAUUUAGUACUCGUUUUCUUUUCCCUCUCUCUCUCUCUUCAUCCCUCUUGUUUUAUUUCAACAUAUCUCCAUCUGAUUUUUUUUAUAAAGAAAAAAACUGUUUUUAACAAAAAAAAAUUCGAGAAAACUGAAAACAAUUAACAGAACUAACUGGAAUAAUAAUUUAUUAUUAAUAUUUAAUAAAAUAAAAAGAGAAUAAAUGGAAUAUCAUUUUAAAUGAUAAAAUAAAUAUACAUAUGUAUAAUUUCAUUUUAGUGUUGUUUUUCUUUCUUUUUUUCUUUUUUU